AUGAAUAACUCAUUCAUCAUUUUGAUAGCUAUAAUUUUGACACUAUUUUUAGAUAAAUUUCACAAGCCAAUUAAAGCUUUUUCAAACCCUAGUUAUGUUUAUACAGAUGGAACUCAUUUUGCAUUAGAAGGAAAGCCAUUUUAUUUAAAUGGUUUUAAUUCUUAUUGGCUAAUGUAUAUGGCUUCUGAUCCAUCAACAAGAAAUAAGGUUACAACAACAUUUCAACAAGCUUCUAAAUAUGGUAUGAAUGUUGCUAGAACUUGGGCUUUUACUGAUGGCGGUUCUAGACCCUUACAGUCUUCGCCUGGUGUUUACAACGAGCAAAUGUUUGAGGGAUUGGAUUUUGUGAUAUCAGAAGCCCAAAAAUAUGGAAUUCACUUGAUUCUUGGAUUAGUUAACAACUACACCCUUGCACGCACACUCACUAUAUCUAUAUACGUUGUGCUUACAAGAGUGAACACAAUAACCAAAGUGGCAUAUAAAGAUGAUCCAACAAUUCUUGCAUGGGAACUAAUGAAUGAGGCUCGUUGCCCAUCUGACCUCUCUGGAAAAACUAUUCAGAACUGGAUCACAGAAAUGGCAGCAUAUCUUAAAUCAAUAGAUAAAAAUCAUCUCUUAGAGAUUGGUCUUGAAGGAUUUUAUGGGGAUAACAAGAAGCAGUACAACCCUAAUAAUCUGGAACCUGGGACUAAUUUCAUCUCCAACAAUCAAAUUUGGGAAAUUGAUUUUACCACAAUCCAUAUCUAUCCUGAUCAAUGGCUACAACCAGGUACAAGCCCAGAGGACCAAGAUAAAUGGGCUUCACAAUGGAUCCAAGCCCAUAUAGAUGAUUCCAAAUUAUUAAAAAAGCCUCUACUUAUUGCAGAAUUUGGCAAAUCUUCAAGUACCCCAGGGUAUAAUGUUACAAUGAGAGACAAUUAUUUUGGGAAAAUAUAUGGAACAAUUUUUAAUUGUGCCAAAUAUGGAGGCCCAUGUGGUGGUGGGCUUUUUUGGCAACUUUUGGCCCAAGAUAUGGAUAAUUUUGGUGAUAGUUAUGCUGUGGUCUUGCAACUCAGCCCAUCAACUGAUAGAGUUAUAGCUUUACAAUCUCUAAGGCUCUCUAAACUAUUAGAAUAUAAAAAUAGAUUUUAA